ACAUGACAAACUCUGGAAAAACCCACUUUACAUUGUUGGAGACACUUCCUACGUACCUAAGGUUAAAUAGAGAAUAUAAGGCCAAAAAAGAAGCUGAUUGAACAUGGCAUACGCUGGUAAUAAUCAGAGUCUUCCAUCGUCAUUUUUCAAGACAGAUAAACCACAUGGAUUGGCCAAGAGAACAAUUUUAAAAAAAUAUUUACAAUCAUGGGUUCCGAGAAUGUACUACACUAACAACCCUGAAAUAUGUUAUCUUGAUGGUUUUGCUGGAGCAGGUGUCUAUGGAUCGAAGACAAUUUCAGAAUUGUUACAAUCAGGUUAUCCUAACAUAGAACAAUUUGGCUCACCAAUAAUCGCCUUACUGGUUGUUUUGGAUCAUUUUGAUGAAGUGAAAGCCAGUCACCAAAGUAUCGGCAGACCACGUUCGGCAAAAUUCAUUUUCAUUGAAAAAGAUAAGGAUAAUGUAAAAAAACUAACACAUAAUGUGAAGCAGUGUCUGCAGCACAAGAAGUACAUGCUGCACGAGCAAGUUGAUGAUACAGAGUUCAUAUAUAGACCAGAAGAUGAAACCUAUCCAGGUGACGGAAGAGUUAGCGUAAAGAUACUCAAUGAUGAAUUUAAGCGUGUUAUUCUGGUAAGGUUGAUACCAUUAUGUCCAGUGUUUGCUUUUGUUGACCCCUUUGGAUAUUCGCAUACCCCAAUGGAUGUUAUCAGAAAGUUAAUGAGCUUUUCCAAUGUUGAAUUGUUUUUAAAUUUUAUGGUACAAGCAGUGAAUCGCUGGCAAAAAGACAAACAAAAACAUAAAGCUAUUAAUGAUCUUUUCAGUUGUGAUGAAUGGCCCAAUGUAUAUGACAACCCAAAAGAAAUUGAGCAUGUUAAAGCAUGUACAGCCCUUGUUCAUGAAUAUGCCUACCAUCUGCGGUAUUUCACCGGCUGUUUUACUUUGUGUUUUUGCAUGAAGUCUGAGAACAAUUCAGAUCUGUACAGCCUUGUAUUUGCCAACAACGAUGACUAUGGAUUCAAGAACAUGAAGGAGUGCAUGAAUAGAGUAACACAAGAUGAAAAUCUUUUUGUAUUCUCUGAUUUCAAAGUCAAUGAAAUGGGAGAAAUGGCUCCGUUUAGAAAUGAUCAGGACUCAAAAGGCCCUGUUGCAGAUUUUAUUUUCAAUAAAUUUUGCGGGAAAAGAGUUGAACUGAAGGAUAUUGAAAAAGCGGUGAUUCUGUCAAAGCACGUUUACAUUUUUCGAAAGGAAUCACUGAAACACCUUGAGGAAAUUGGAAAGAUUGAGAAAGUGGAGUUUAAGAAUCCAGGAAAAAAUUGGGUAAGAAAAAAAGGAACUUUCCCAGAUGAUAAAUGUCCAAUUAUAACAUUUCGUUCAGCUACUCAGGAGGAGGGGCUUAUUUUCCAAAUGCAGAAUAUCGGUAUUGAAGAUACAGGCUCUUGUUGCCAGACACAUUUACAGUAGGCUACAGUCUGUAAAUCAGAAAGGCCUUCUUAAGGGAUUGCGAG